UUUAUUUUGAAGUGACCCGGGAGAGCAGGGGAAGCUUCCGGUAAAGUAAACGUUCUAGGUGUUGGAGUUUACAAGCGGACGAGUGUCCAGCAGUUCUGGGCGGAGAGGACGAAUUUCGUUAAAGAGAAACUACUGCCUAUACUUCUGGGUUUUACUUGCGGAAUAUGCGACUCGUCGGCGGUAAAAGGUCGAAUCUCUGCGUACUUUACAACACUUUUUUAUCUUUAGCGGGAACGUUGGACGUUAUGGUCACAGCAACAAGGGACGACACCGCUUUGUGUUUAGCAUGAGCCACUGCGGGGACAAACGCCCGGAAGACAACAACAACAACUACUGCUACCGCUUUUAUUUCGCGAACUGUUACGACAACGCGAACGAGUUCCCGACGAGGAGAAGAUGGGAGGAAGAGUGGAAAUCUGCGGUCUGCUGCUCCUACUUCUGCUGAGCGGGGGAUGUCUAUGUGGAGACUCUAAACAAACAGAGGAGCUCUCCUCCUAUCAGCUCACUGUUCCCCGGGCAGUGGGAGGCAGGCCAGGACGGGCUGCGGACGGAAGACGGCCCAGUCAGGUGUCGUACGUCAUCACCGUGGACAGAAGCGAUCGCACGGUUCAUCUGGAGAGAAAUGAACUGCUGCUCCCUGCCGACUUCACCGUGUUCUCCUACAGUCGGAACGGAACGCUAAUCACAACCAGACCGCCUGUACAGAACCACUGUCAGUACAGAGGCGUCGUUCAGGGUGAGGAGGGAUCAUCGGUCGCCAUGGAUAUCUGCAGUGGCCUCAGAGGAGUGCUCCAUCUGUCCGACGACAGCUACGGCAUCGAACCCCUGGACUCCGACCCGGAGCGACACCUGGUGUACCGCCUGCGGGACGUGAAGUCACAGCCCAGAGGGUGCGGCACGCCGCAUGACAACCGCACUGCCGCGGAGCGCGGAGCGGAGGAGAUCCACCACGGUCAGCACAGGAGGAUGAAGCGAGCCAUUCUCCAUCAGGCCCACUAUGUGGAGCUGUUGCUGGUGGUUGACAACAACAAGUUUAAUGCCAUGAAAAGAAACGAAACUGCAGUGAGAGAGGAGAUGGUUCAACUGGCCAACCUGGUGGACAGUAUCUACGUGCAGCUCAACAUCCGGGUGGUGCUGGUUGGCCUGGAGAUCUGGUCUCAGCAGAACCCCAUCAGCAUCGAGGGCGGAGCCGGAGACGUUCUGACCAGAUUCACGCAGUGGCGAGAGAAGGAGCUGGUCCCUCGACGGCGUCACGACUCGGCACAACUGAUCCUGAGACAGGGGUUUGGAGGGACGGCAGGGAUGGCCUUCGUCUCCACCAUCUGCUCCAGGAGUCACGGCGGAGGAAUCAACGCGUUUACGAACAACAACCUCCCCUCGUUUGCCUCCAUUUUGGCCCACGAAUUGGGCCACAACCUCGGUAUGAACCACGACGACGGGCGCUCCUGCAGCUGUCCGGUGAACGCCUGCAUCAUGAACUCUGGAGCCACAGGCUCCAAAAACUUCAGCAGCUGCAGCGCCGACGACUUCGAGAAGAUGAUCAUAAUGACGGGAGGAUCCUGUCUCCUCAACGUCCCGCAUCCUGACGAGGCCUACAGCGCCCCCUACUGUGGAAAUGGGCUGGUGGACGUAGGAGAGGAGUGUGACUGUGGAUCACAGAAGGAGUGUGAGAAAGACCCUUGCUGUGAGUACCAGACCUGCAGACUGACGUCUGGAUCUCAGUGUGCUUUUGGAGAAUGUUGUCACAAAUGUCAGUUCCUUCCUGGUGGAACCGUGUGUCGCUCUGCACCGGACGAGUGUGAUCUGCCGGAGUACUGCAACGGAUCGUCCCCCCUCUGCCAGAGUGACGUCUUUGUCCAGAACGGCGCCCCCUGCAGUAACCAGCGGGCCUACUGCUACAAUGGGAAGUGUCAACACUACGACGGACAGUGUCAGGCCAUCUUUGGACCCAAGGCGAAGGCUGCUCCUGACAUCUGUUUCAAAGACGUCAACAGCAAAGGCGAUCGCUUCGGGAACUGUGGUCCUCAGAACUACGGCUUCAAGAAGUGCGAGAGCAGACAUGCUCUGUGCGGAAAGCUGCAGUGCUCCAACGUUCAGACACCCGGCGACGACGUCAAGACCAUCUUCGGCAUCAAGCCGUCGUACAUCAUCACCGCCCCAGCCGGGGCCAAGUGUUACGGCGUGGACUUCCAGCUGGGAUCAGAUGUCCCCGAUCCAGGCAUGGUGAAUGAGGGAACCAAGUGUGGGGACAACAAGGUGUGUUUGAACUUUGAGUGCCGCAGCGCCGACGUCCUCAACUUCGACUGUGACGUGGACAACAAAUGUCAUGGACAAGGGGUGUGCAACAGCAACAAGAACUGUCACUGUAACUACGGCUGGGCUCCGCCCUUCUGUGAGCUCAGUGGAUAUGGAGGCAGCGUGGACAGUGGACCCACCUGGAAUGAUAAGGACACGUCCCUCAGAGACGGUCUCCUGGUCUUCUUCUUCGUCGUUCUCCCGCUGCUAGCUCUGGGCGUGUUUGUUUUCCUGCGCCGAAAUGAGCUGAUGAGGAGAUUCGGACUGAGUCGCAGGAAGAGGUCGCAGGGAUUCCAAGCUGAUGGAGUAUCUUCAGCCAACUCCAACACCAGGGGGCCCCCUCCUCGGUCACAGCCUCCGCCUGUUCCCCGACCUGGCAACAUCGUCAGAGAUGGGCACAACGCUCAGCUGCUGCCGCCACACCAGGUGGUGGAGACCAGCAGGACCGCUCCAACCUACGCACUCAGGCCGCCCCCGCCCCCUAUAAAAGCAAAACCAUCGCCUGCAGCUCAGCCUCUGAUGCCACAAAGAUCGGCCCCCGCCCCACCUGUUUAACCACCUGUUUAAUCUUCGAUGGUCCAGCGUGUUCUUCGACUUCUUUAAAGCUAGUUGAUUUGGAAAAAAAAACAAAAACAAAACAAUUCUGCAGUAGUGAUGGCAGCUGGCCGGUCUCAGAGUUGGACCCAGAACUGGACUAGGAUCUGGGCCGCGGCCCGGACCAGGACCAGGACCUGGAACAAACAGGAAGCAACAACUUCUUCUUCUUUUUCUGUCUGCUUCUGUCCAUUUUUUCGAGAAACUCAAAAUCCACGACGCAUCACCUGUCACCAAACCGUCGUUGGUAACGUUAAAAAAAAUCUGACACUUUCUAUAACUUGGAUCACGUGAGCUCUCAGCUGACCCCUACUGGUUCAGUCUGGUAUUAGCGUGAUAUUAUUAUCACUAAAUGCCGUCUUUUUUUCUUUUUCUUAUUUUCUUGAUUUUUUUUUUUUUAAAAAGCACUGAUGCCAUCAGAUUGCAGCCCCGCCCCUCUGCUCUGCACUGUCAUAGGAAUGUAACACCCCUACUCCCCUACCCUCAACCCCCACUACCCCCGGUGCUUUUCUCCAGAAUUGUAAAAAAACAACAGUGUAUGCAACAUGAUCUAGAGCUCUGGGUUCCAGCGUUUUUUGUAGACCUGGACCUGGACCUUGACCCGGACACAGACCUGGACUGCGACUCGGACCCGGAAACGGGCCUGGACCUGGACCUUCACUGUGAUGUGGAUGCGAUGGUAUGUCAGCGUCACCAGGAGUGUUUCCAGGACGUCUCCUGUGGAAAGGGUUCAAUUUGACGUGAUGAGUUUGGACACUGGACUCUUCAGCGACCAGGACAGACAUGUUUGUGCGAUGAACUUCUAUCUACUAUCGUUAUCAUGAAUAAUAACAAUAAUGGUAUUUUUGAGCGGUGGUUGUAUCAGGUACUGACUCUGUCGUGCCUGCUUCACUGUAAAGGAUCGUUCUACUGCGGGAACACAGACGGUUCUCACUAAAGUCGUAUACGAAUUACGUAAAAAAUAAAAUAAAAUCAGGAUGCAUUACAGGAGUUCCUGAUCCAGGUGGCGACCUUUGUCAGUACGUCUGUAGAUUUUUAAUACCAAAAAGUAAAAAAAAAAAAACUCCCAUGAAUCCUUACGUGAGAAAACGUUCUUACGACUUCAUUAACGUCAUCGAAUGUUCGCGCGUAAACGAUUCGGCGUUGUCACCCACAGCUGCUCUUAUCACAAUAACGACAGUACUAGUUGAAUUCCUAUUUAAGGUAUUUUCAGGACAAUAAGUCGCUCACUAGUGCCCCCUAGUGGUUGUCAGUGUGAAAAUAACAAUAUAUUUUGAAUAUAUAAGUCACAAACCUAGCCAAAGGAUAAAAAAAACAUGACUUUUCAGUUAUAGCACUGCACUUCCCUGCCUCCAGGUGGUGCCACACCAUGCCACGCGCAAUGCUACCAGCCAAUCAAAUCAAACAUGUGGCCUCAGUCCGGGUUUCUGUUUAAAAUUUAAAAGUCGAUUUAGCAACUUUAUGGUUGCUGUUCUACGAACAGUUCCGGAACCGUACAGUGGACUAUGACUACAGCUGGUACAUCAACUGGUGUGGGGUGCCACUCUCACCCACCUCACCCUCGACUCCCACCUCUAUUUUUCCUAGAGGGAGCCCAAGUGCCCCCGGUGGUACGUGUAGCUUAGUUUGAGAACCACUGUCCGUCUCCAGGGUGACUGCAUAAUGUGAGGUUUCCAAGAAUCGGACUUGAACCCCGUUACUUGAAUUUACAAUCAAUACUGUGGUUUAGUUGUUCUGGAAAAUUCAAUUUUUUAUUUUUUUUGUGCACAUAUAUUAAUUGCAUUCAAUCAGAUCUGAGGUCAUUUUUAAAAGCGAUUUCAAUAUGUUAUUUUUUACGCCUUGAAACGAUGUUACGUUUGUGUCGACGUAUCUGUCGGGAAGUAAAAACAAACAAAACAAACCAUCGUUUACAUAAUUCGUCAAAUGUCCAAUCAUUUCACUUCUCUUCAUUAAAGAGAGAAAAAAAAACCCAACUGUCACCGAAUGUAUUAUUUAUAUAUAUAUACAAAUAAAAUUUUAUUAGUUUGUGA